GGGGCCGGGCCGGGCCGGGCCGCCCCUCCCGCGGCGCCCAGCGGACCGGGCCGGCCGGGCGGGACGGGACCGGCGGCAGAAUUCCUCUGUUUCUUACUUAAAGGAACUGGCCCAAUAUCAUCAUUCCAUGGACCUGAAAUAUCGGUGAAUUGUUCUAGCUUCUCUUCAAGGUUGUAAAAUGGAGCCAAUAACAUUCAAAGCUAAAAAAUACCACACAUCUAAUGAUCUCUUAGUGAAUUUCAGUCUCCAGCUUGUUGGUUCUCUGCCAGUGCAUUCGCUAACCACCAUGUCAAUGCUGCCUUGGGUUGUGGCAGAGAUCCGGCGGCUCAGUACAGAGCCUGCCAAAGAAGAACCCAACACCAGCCAAAUCCGGCUUUAUGUUUCACCAGCAAGUCUACGGUGUGAACCAGACAAGGGGAAAAACCAGCAGUGGGACCCUUUGAUUUGUUCAAGUUUGUUUGAGUAUAAGCCACAGCAUGUCCACAAGUUGAUUCACAACAGCCACGAUCCAAGCUACUUCGCUUGUCUGAUAAAGGAAGGAGCAGCAAAUCAGCAAAGUGUCUGCUAUGUUUUCAAAGCUGAUGAUCAAACAAAAGUGCCUGAGAUUAUAAGCUCCAUUCGACAGGCUGGAAAAAUAGCUCGCCAAGAAGAGUUUCAGAAUAAUCUCUCCGAUGUUGAAGACCCUUUUGCCAAAAAGUUUGAGGUGCUCUUCUGUGGGCGGGUGACAGUAGCACAUAAGAACGCGCCCCCAGCACUCAUAGAUGAAUGCAUCGAGAAGUUUAAUCAUGCAAGUGGUACAAAAAAAUCAGACUUCAACUCAUUGUCCCAACAACAUGAAACUACCAAUAACUCAGGAGGCUUCUCUUUCAGCGACAAAUUUCGGUCAGUCUUCCAACCCUUGGUUGGUGAAGAGGAGGAAAAAAGGCCAAUUAGGAAAUCCUUUUCUCAGCCUGGGCUUCGUUCUUUUACUUUUAAGAAGGAUAUGCAGGAGGGAAGCCGUAGGAGUAACAGCUUUGUUAGGUCUUUUGAGGAAGAUGCAAUUUCGCUGAACCUAAAAAGUCAACUUAUCUAUGGACACAGUGUUGUGCAGCCAACAGACAUUGCAGAAAACCGAACGAUGUUGUUUACGAUUGGCCAGUCUGAAGUUUACCUUAUCAGUCCUGACACAAAAAAAGUAGCAAUUGAAAAAAGCUUUAAAGAAAUAUCCUUUUGUUCUCAGGGAAUUAGACAUGUGGAUCACUUUGGGUUCAUCUGUAGAGAGUCUUCAGAAAAUGGAGGCUUCCACUUCGUUUGCUAUGUGUUUCAGUGUACGGAUGAAGCACUGGUUGAUGAAAUCAUGAUGACAUUGAAACAGGCUUUCACUGUAGCUGCAGUGCAACAAACUUCCAAGACACAGCCUCAGCUCUGUGAAGGAUGUCCUCUGCAAAGCUUGCAUAAACUCUGUGAAAAGAUAGAAGGGCUACAUCCUUCUAAAACUAAACUAGAACUACAGAAGCAUCUAACAACACUAAAUAGCCAGGAACAAGCCUCAAUUUUUGAAGAGGUUAAGAAAUUAAGACCAAGAAAUGAUCAAAAAGAGAAUGAGUUGGUUAUCUCUGUUUUGAGAAACAUGUAUGAAGAAAAACAGAGGGACCAUGUUCAUAUUGGAGAAGCAAAGCAGACUUUACAACCCCCUGCUGAGAAUGCUGGAAAUGAGGUGCCCAGCAGUACUCCAAGAUUCAGACUAGAUAUGUUAAAGAACAAAGCAAAAAGAUCUCUGACAGAAUCAUUUGAAAAUAUUCUAUCACGUGGCAGUAAAGCCAGAGGUCCACUAGACAGUUCUGGUAGUGUGGAUUUGGAGAGCUCCAUGUCCAGUACAUUAAGCAGCACAAGUAAAGAACCACCUCUGUGUGAAAAAGAGAGAGAGAGGCUUCCUACCUUUCCUACAGAAAACUCUGUCAAGACCAGUGGCUCGGCAGGUGAUCUCUGCAGUGACCAGGAUAAUUAUCCGACUGAGCAGGCUGUUAAAUUACCUCAGCAAAGCUUUCGACGGCGAGCAAACACCCUGAGCCAUUUGCCAACGGAAAGCCAGGAAUCUCUGGAGCCUGUUGAAAAGUCUCCAGCUGUUCCGCAGAGGAAACUUAUGAGGUAUCACUCUGUGAGCACAGAGACUCCUCACGAGAGAAAUUCUUCCGGUCAACUUGCACCUUCUCCUACUCUAGCUCGUCUUAAUCCCUCAGCCUCUUCACCCAACUUUUUUAAGUACCUAAGGCAUAACGCAAGUGGAGAGCAAAGUGGGCCUUUUGCACAGAAGAGCAUCUCCUACCGUACUGCCUUAAGGAAAAAGCUUCAUUCUUCCUCUUCUGUGCCAAAUUUCUUAAAAUUUCUGGCUCCUGUAGAUGAAAAUAACACCUCUGACUUUAGGAGCACAACAAGUGACUACGAAUCCAAACACAGCCAGCAGGCUGUUGGUACUGACAGCCCUGUAAGGACUCGGCGGCAUUCGUGGAGACAGCAGAUAUUCCUGCGAGUGGCAACCCCUCAGAAAGCAUGCGAUUCUCCCAGUCGAUACGAUGAUUACUCUGAGUUGGGAGAGCUUCCACCCAGAUCGCCAUUAGAACCAGUGUGUGAAGAUGGCCCUUUUGGGCCAGUGAAAGAAGAAAGGAAACGAACACCUCGUGAGCUUCGUGAGCUGUGGAAGAAAGCCAUUAUUCAGCAGAUACUACUUCUAAGAAUGGAGAAGGAAAAUCAGAAGUUACAAGCUUCAGAAAACAAUUUGCAGAACAGACGUCUGAAACUUGACUAUGAAGAAAUCACACCAUGCUUAAAAGAUGUAACUUUGAUUUGGGAAAAAAUGUUGAGUACGCCUGGAAGGUCAAAAAUUAAAUUUGAUGUGGAAAAAAUACAUUCUGCUGUCGGGCAAGGUGUACCACGUCACCACCGUGGUGAGAUUUGGAAGUUUUUAGCAGAGCAAUACCAUCUUAAACAUCAGUUUCCAAGCAAACAACAACCAAAGGACAUACCUUAUAAAGAGCUCCUGAAACAGCUUACUUCUCAGCAACAUGCAAUACUUAUUGACUUAGGACGCACGUUUCCAACACAUCCAUACUUCUCAGCACAGCUGGGAGCUGGACAGCUGUCACUCUACAAUAUUUUGAAAGCCUAUUCCCUCCUAGACCAGGAAGUAGGAUAUUGCCAGGGCCUUAGCUUUGUAGCAGGUGUUUUACUACUUCAUAUGAGUGAAGAAGAUGCUUUUAAAAUGCUGAAAUUUCUUAUGUUUGACAUGGGCCUGAGAAAACAGUAUCGUCCAGACAUGACUAUUUUACAGAUCCAGAUGUAUCAACUAUCUAGACUUCUUCAUGACUACCAUCGGGAUCUCUACAACCACCUAGAGGAACAUGAGAUUGGCCCCAGUCUCUAUGCUGCUCCCUGGUUUCUCACCAUGUUUGCCUCCCAAUUUCCCCUUGGAUUUGUGGCCAGAGUAUUUGAUAUGCUUUUUCUUCAAGGGUCAGAGGCUAUAUUUAAAGUGGCCUUAAGCCUUUUGGGAAGUCAUAAGCCCUUGAUUCUACAACAUGAGAACCUAGAAACUAUAGUUGAUUUUAUAAAAAGCACUCUCCCAAACUUGGGUUUGGUACAAAUGGAAAAGACCAUCAGUCAGGUGUUUGAAAUGGAUAUUGCCAAGCAGAUGCAAGCUUAUGAAGUUGAAUACCAUGUGCUUCAGGAUGAGCUUAUAGAUUCAUCUUUAAAUGACAAUCAAAGACUGGAUAAAUUAGAAAAGGCAAACAGUAGUUUGCGCAAACAGAACUUUGAUCUCCUGGAAGAACUGCAGAUGGCUAAUGGAAAGAUCCAAAACCUGGAAGCCACGGUAGAGCUUUUAUUGACCAAUGAAGGCAAAUUGAAGCAGUCUAUUCUUGCUCUUGAGCAGGAGCGAGAAGCUUUACUGAACACAGUGGAAAAGAUGCAGAAAAGGAUUGGUGAUACAGAUGGGAAGCCUCUACUUACUAGACAAGAACACAUGGAUGCUGACUGACAGCUGCAGUUGUAAUGGAGCAGACAAGCUGAGCAAAAAACAAAGGGAAGAACUGGUUUUUUUGUACUGAUCUCAUAGAGAUGUGACAUUGUCAUCUUCAUUGUUACAUGCCUUCCUGUAGCAAAGCAAGGCAUGGGCAUGGUGACUGCCCAAAUCAGAGAAACUAGUUCCUCGUGGAGACGGCUCUUUCUUGUUAGUGUGUAGAAAUGCUAUGAACAGUAAGAUGCCACAUGAUCAUAUUGAGCAGGAGAAACUUCUUCUCCAGAAAAUAGUACAUGCAGUCAUACACGAUAUACUGUAAAGCUGUCCUGGAUUUCUCCAUAAGUGCUUCUAAACCUAAGUGCUUUUUGUUCAUUACAUAUCCUCUGUUUUAUACUGAGAUCAACACCAUGUUAAAUAGCACAUCCUUUAGAAGGCUGAGGGAUUAUGGCAGUGUAAGAGCUUUGAUGGAUGACUGCCUCUCUGCAGCUACCCAGGGGUAGUGUUUGCGAAGAGUUUUGUGAUUGAACUCACGAUACUUCUGGCAGCAUAUUCCCCUGCAGCUUUACUGGGUUCUGUUCUGGUGUUUACGCCUCAGAUAACUGCUUCCUGAUGCCUGAAGGUGUCAAUCUGUUGGACUCCAGAGAGCUAUAGACUUUGUCAUAUGUAACUGUGCUUAACUGGGGAGUUGUCAUCUGUUUUUUUGAGAACAUUGUUCUAAUACAUUUUUGUUUAACGUUCAUUGGUUUAGAGUAUUAUUAGUUGGCAUUAUCUGAUAAACAUACUGUAUAAAGUAACUUCAUUAUGCUCGGCAAAAUGCACUGACAUUGUUUUUGUGAAGCCUGUGACUCUUGCAACAUCAUCCAAGAGUUUGUAUUCAGACCCUUCAAAUAUCAUUUUAUUUAUUGCUGAUCUGCUGUGUGAUGUAAGACAUCAUUUGCUGGGAAAUUAAUGCCCCGAUCUUUUUUUCCCUUUAAUUUGGUACUCCUGUGCCCACCCAUUCUCUGGGAAACAUUAUUCUUCAAGACUUUUUUUCCGAAGUGGUGGAGGCAUUUCAAGAGCUUGAUGUUGUGCCAGGUAUGCUUAAACUGCUUUGUAAAGGAUUACAAUGCAUCUUUUGAGUAAGAUUACACAAGUAAAACAAUCUCACUUUCCUUAAUACUAUGAUAGUUUUCAGGCCAGUUAAAGCACCACUGCUACAAGUGCAAUAAUAUCCAUGGAUAUUCAGUUUUUUUGGUUUGCUUUAGAAUUAGACUAAAUAGUGCCACAGUUUUGUUUAAUCCCCAAGCACAGUGUUAAUAGUGUUGUUAUGGUGGAAAUUCACCCAGGAGAUGUGAUUUUUUUUUCUUAAAUUGUUACUUAUUUUUUAAAUUUCAAAGCAUAUUUUUUUUCUCUCACUGACAAUGUAGAGAAGGUUUUGUUUUGCUUUUUCUUCAUGCAAAUCCCUCUGACUACAUCCUUGUAGUUUGAUAAGAAAACUGUAACUUUCAUCUGCUGUCCAGAGCAUACACUGUCAUGUAGGCCAAAUAGAAAAAGCGAAUUUGCUCUUGAAUUUCUAAGAGCUUUGUUUGACUUCCUUUGUGUCUUAAAUAUGACUGGUUCUUGCAAAUCUACUCUGUAUUCACUUAGUAUUGAAAUUCCAGAUAAAACAAUUAUUAUUAAUCCAUUUACCUCUUAGGCUUGUUUUUUAUUUGGAAAUCCAUAUUGAAGCUCAUGCUUCAUGUUUAAAAUAUUGUUAUAAUGUUAGAACACUCAAUAAUGUUGUAUUUUGACAUCUUAAUGCCAUAAUACAAACAUUGACUUUUUAAACAAAAAAGAGCAAUAAAAGUAAUAAUAUAAGCCUACA